AUGCGCGACACCGAUAGUGUCUCCCUUGUGACGAAUAGCCUUAAAAAGAGCCCAAAGAUGACCUACACCAAAAAAAAAAGAUUGCUUUAUUGUUGGUGGGAUCAUUGGGGAAUGUUUCACUUCGAAUUCCAUUUUGCUGGAUUCGCAGUGGAUGCUGUUCUGCACACCAUUCAACUCGAGAAAUUAGGUGAUACUACUCGUCAUGAACGCACGAAACGAGGCAAUAAUUGUGAACUUCAAUACAACGCUACGCCUUACAAAGUUGAUCCGCCAGAAAACUGCCGAAUUCGAACGGCUAUCUAG